ACCAAACUUAACAAUCCAACGAAGUCCCAUGCCUUCACCAUCCCGGCACGUUGCACGUCUCAAGGUGCUGAUCCACAGUGCCUCCAACUUGCCUCGAGGAGAUGAGCACGGCCUGUCGGACCCUUAUGUCGUUUGCUUCCUGGCAGAACACCCAGAGCCGCUGUUCGAGACAGAGGUUCGUCGACAGACCUUGGAUCCUGUGUGGGAUGAGGAACACAUUGUCAGCCCCUACAUGCCUGGGGCUGACUUGGUUUUUCAAGUGAUGGACAAGGAUGACACGCUAAAAGAUCUCUCUGAGCGUCUCCUAUCUCUCCGUGGCGUUGGAAGUGAUUUCCUUGGAGAGGUCCGCUUGGCGGCCGAGGAGUUUUACCCGCACGGAUUCGAAGGCGACGUCAUGCUGGAGGGCGUGCCCAAGGGCAGAGCGACCCUCCUCCGCUUACGCAUCACAGUGGAUUCUCCGCAGCGGCAGGAGUUUCUGCCACCUCCGGUGCCACACGCGGCACAAGAUGAACCCGAAGUGAAUGAGACCUUCUUCGACACGGCUGAGCUGGAGCUUCCAAAGGAGGAGCCCAGUCCAAAGCCUAGGAGCAGUCCAGCCAAAGUCAAGCUGGAGAAGAAAGAAGAGAAGCGGAGGCAUCAAGAGGAUGCUGAGCAGAGGGAGACCUCGACCUCUGCACCGCGACGGCUGGGGGAGGUGUGGCAGCUGUCCAUCGCAGUGCUGGGUGCCAAAAACCUAUUUGAAAGGUGUUCUUCCUACUGCACAGUGGAGGUCAAGGGCGAGCUGCGUUUCUCCUCGCGGACCCACGUGGUGAAUGACUCCACUGACCCAGUUUGGAAAAAGAUAGUCGACUUCGACUACGAGGCCAUCGAGCCAAUUGUCUUAGCUGUCUACCAGAAGGAGGUUUGGCCAAAGCAGGAUACGUUGCUGGGGAUGGCCAUUAUUGAAGCUGGUGAUCUCUUGAGAAGGGGCAGCUUUGAAGGGGAACUGCCCUUGGAAGGUGCUGAGGAGGGCUCGGUGCUUUGCAUCGAGGUCAGUGCCACACAGAAGCGACGAGUCGCUCGGCAAGAGCAUCCACACCAGCGCUAUUUGGAAGAGCCAAAACGAUUGGAGCCGCUUUCCAGUGCCAAAAGAACAGCGCCGCAUCCUGCAGAUGUAGCGCCCAAGAGGCUGAAGAUCCUGAUUCAAAGCUUCCGUGGUCUUCAUGGUCUUGACCUCUCCACCAGGCGCUGCUUUUCUUGCAUUUGCGCCGUGUCUGGGCGCCGACAUGCUGACCUACAGACAGGAGGUGCAUUUGAAGCUGGAUAUCAAACGGUGUGGAACCUGGAAGGGGAGAUCACUGACUAUUUCCCGGGAGAGGAUCUCGCCUUCCAUGUGGCUGCAGAGGGCACCAGCUUGGAAGGAUCCGCCACGAUGAGGUGCCACCAGUUCUUCCCUUUUGGCUUCAACUCUGAUUUGACGAUGUGCAGCGAGGGCCACGGCAUCAUUGGCUUGUUGCGGGUGAAAGUCACCGUGGAGAAGGAUCUUGCGCAGCCGCCGAGAGCCCCUUUGCAAAGGACUCUGGGCUUGCAGGGCACUGAUGGGGUGCGUGUCAGUCAGCAAGGCCUACGCCCGUCGCUUCCAUCGACACCAUGUGGUGAUGUUUGGCUGCGAAGCCUCCAUCCACGGGGUGCCAUGCAGUCCUCGCUAGCAGUGGCCGCAGGCAGUGAACGGCAUCGUUUGGGGGAGACUACUGGUUCCGUCAUCCGGCGAAAGAGUCCAGUACGACGGGCAGUGAGUCCUGUGACAGUGCCUCAACCAGCGAGCUCGGUGCGACGUGCAGCGAGCCCAAUACAUUUUCAGGCUGUUUCAAGCCAAACGUCGUCACCACGUGCGGUUGCAACGACUUUGGCCCCGGUGGUGAUUUCACCCCGGAAGAUCCUUCACGCAACCCAUAUAAGUGCCCCCAUCACGAGCGGACAGCUGGUCCCCGUGGUGUCGCAGACACCAGUGGUCUCAGCUAUCCAUCCACCACACAUUAUAUCUCAACCCAUCCCUAGCUACACACAAGUGAUGCAAGUGACACAGCCACAGCUACAGCAGCCAAUCGUUCAAGCUCCGCACGGGGUGGUGAUGCAUGGAUAUCCUGGAUAUUCAUCCCAGCCCGCCUCAGCCCCACCACCAGCUUUGCCCAACCCCAUCCCCAUGACCUCCUACAUGGGGAACGACACAGGCGCAAGUGUUGGAGCAUUGUCCCUUUUGGCUGAAGCACAAGCUAGUUGGAGGGCUGGUCAAUGCCAUUGACGACCUGAUGGGCCUGGAAUCUCCUCGCAAAUGACUUCAAAA